UCAAACCCCCUCCUCUCCAACCAAAAGAGCUCCGAGCUCCAGGCCGUCCUCCAUCCUCUCGUUCUCUUGACCAUCUCCGACUACAUCACACGGCACACUCUUCGACAGCAGACCGGGCCCAUCGUGGGAGCUCUACUGGGACAGCAAAAUGGCCGCGAGAUCACCAUCGAGCAUGCUUUUGAAGCACACACCAUGGAGGCCCCCAACACGCAGGGCGGUUACCUUCUCCACGCCGAAAAGUUCGGCGCACGCCUAGAGCAGAUGAUCACCGUUCACAAGGAUAGACAGCUCGAUUUUGUCGGCUGGUACACCCUCCUUCCCUCCUCCGGUCCAACCCCGACAAUCCUCCCCAUCCACAACCAGAUCCUCGAGGGCUGGAACGAGUCGGCCGUCCUCCUAGGCUUCCACCCCGAACAGGUUCUCGACCACUCCGUCGGCGGCAAACUCCCAUUGACAAUCUACGAGAGCAACUACGAGGUCGACGAUCCCCGCGCCGAUAACAACGAUGGCGAGGACAGGAAGAUGGACGACGGCGAGCCCACUCUCAAGCUCAAGUUCCGCGAGCUGCCCUACUCAGUCGAGACCGACGAGACCGAGAUGAUUAGCAUGAACUACGUCGCCGCAUCAGGAGGCAACGCCGCCGUAGCCGCCCCCAAGGAGGAGAAGCCCUCACUAUCGGUCGAGUCCAACGGCAAGGGGAAGCGCCGCCUAGUCGAGAGCCAGGACGAGGAGCGCAAGCCGGAGGAUGAUGCCGCCGCUCUCACGCCCGAGGAGGACGAGAUGAUUGCCGCCCUCACCGCCAAGGCCAACGCCAUCAAGAUGCUCCAGUCCCGCAUCAACCUCCUCACCACCUACCUCGAGCGCCUACCACCCUCAUACGUAAACGGCGACGCAACUGACUCUGGAAGCAUGGACGCCGAUUAUACAACUCCUUCGACUACUGUACUGCGCCAGAUCCAGGCACUCGUCAGCCGUCUAGACCUAGUCAUCCCUUCGGAUGAAGCCUCGUUCGAGCGAGAGAUGCUACACGAGGCCAACGACGUCAAUCUCGUCGGUCUCCUCAACGGCAUUAUGCAGAGCGUGAACCAAGCUCGCGACGUAGGCAAGAAGUUCAACGUUGUCGAGAUGUCCAAGGCAACUAGCCGCCGCGGUGGUAAC